CUCAAAUGUGAUUUCCGAUCUCAGAUUUGCAAUCUCUUCCUGUCUAUUUCCGAUUUCCAUUUGAUUUCCGAUCUAUGAUGUUACAUUUGAUUUCCGAUUUCCGAUUUCCAUUUGAUUUCCGAUUUCUGAAAUUGAUAUUAUGUAAUUGAUUUGCUGUGAAAAUGAUGUGCUGUGAAAUAAUUGAUAUGCUGUGAAAUUGAUUUGUGUUUUCUGUGGAAGUCAUCCUGGUCAUCGAGAAGUCUUUAGCGUUGCUGCUACUGAAUUGGGAGAUGAAAUGUUUGAUUGGUUUGCUUUUAUUAUCUUUAUUGUGAUUCUUUUUGUUGCUGACUUUUUAAUUUUGGAUGCAUGUCUGUUCUUGGUGGCGCAUCAUCUUUUGAUUAAAAGACUCAGAAUUUGAUUUUUAGUUAUCAAACUGGUGUUUGAAUAUAUGACUGUUCUUGGUGGUGCACCAUCUGUUUGAUGAAAAGAUUCUUAGAAUUCGGUUUCUUGAUAUGAAAUCGGUGUUCAAUUCUUGCACCAUCUUUUUAAGUCUUCCCUUUUCUGAUCGAACCUUCUGAUUAUUUAGUUUCUUUAUGUAAUUAGAUGUGAUUUGAAUGCGAUAUGCGACUGUCAUGAAAUUUUCCUUGAAAAAUGAAUUAACAGUUAAUGGAUUAUAUUUGUGAACUUGUUGAAAAAUGAAUUAACAGUUAAUGAAAUUGAUGAAAUAUGAAGCUGAUGAAAUAUGUAAACAUGCCUUUUUUUGUCAUUUUACAUAUAAAAGUUAAACCAAACACUUUAACUUUUGACUUUUCUCUUCAAAAGCUAAUCCAAACACAUUUUAAAAAAUAAUUUUUCCAAAAAGUCCUUUUACAAAAAGGACUUUUGCCCCACAAAAGCUAAGCCAAACACCCUCUUAAUAUAUAACUAUAUAUAUACAUAUAAUAUGAUGUUUAGGUUUGUUUCUUUCAUUUUCCUUUAGUCUUCGGAGGCUCUUUGUAUUCAGUUCUUGAUGCUUCUGGCUUGCCACUUCGUUUCUUCGUCUUCAUCACACCCUCCUAGCGAUCUUCGACUAUCGUGCCUAUCUCUAGCAGUUGAACGACCCUGUUAACCAUCGUGCUUCUCGCGUCUCGCCGUCACCCUCUGCCGCUUGCUUUAGUCCGUUGGUCGUCGUCCUCCUACCGACGACCUAAUUUCGGAUCCAAUACUUCAUAUCCGGCAUUUCUUGAUCGUUUCUGCAGUAACUAACUUGUUUGUGAAUCUCAUUGGCAUUUCGUUCUUCAGGAGCUAUGCUCGUGUUAGUCUUGUUUAUAGAAAUAUGAAAGCAUGCACUGUUGACUCUAAUUUCUUGGAGCUGGAAUUUGAGAUGUAGUUUGGUCUCGUGAUCAGUGUUUCAUCAGGUGAUAACGACUAUGUUCGUCUUUGACAAGUAGCAUUGUCAAUGGCGUUUUGGCGUCUGUUCUCCACCGCCACCAAAAACAAGCAACUGCCGCUGAAAAACUCCGCCGUCGCUAGCCCUAACCCUAGUCUAUGUUCUAUCUCCACCUUCAUCACACGGUCUUACUCGACUUCAUUUCUUAUCACCAAAACCCCCAAAUCUCAGAAGAAAAAACGCAAAAAGGAAGAAUCCGCGAGAACCAAACACGUCCAGCACGAAUCCGAACGUAUUCCUCACUUCGAGAAGAUCCUCAAUCGAGACAAUCACUUCCGCUUUGUCACCAAAACCAAGGAUUACCUCUUGAAACAACCACAACAAGUCCUCCGCCUAGAUGAUGCCGGAAAACUCUACCGUGAGCUAGGGUUUCCUCGCGGCCGUAAAGUUCUAAAAUUCCUCCAGCGCCACCCUCUCAUUUUCCAAACCUACCGCCACUCCAAUGACAAAAUCUGGUUCGGAUUCACAGAUUUCAUGGAGACAUUUCUGGAAGAAGAGAAGAUGAUUAUGGAUGAAAUGGAACAUGAUCGGAUCAAUACUGUUAGAAAGCUGCUAAUGAUGUCUGCAAAUAAACGAAUUCCUCUAAGCAAGAUCUAUCACUGUAGAUCAUUAUUUGGGAUCCCAGAAGAUUUCAGAGAUCGUGUGAGAAAAUAUCCAGAGUAUUUCAACACCAUUGUUGAAGAAGAUGGAAAGAGAAUUCUCGAGCUUGUGAACUGGGAUCCAAAACUCGCCAUCAGCUCAUUGGAACAACAGUUCAUGGUUGAUGAAGAUCGAACCAAGAAAGCUUUUCAAUUCAAGAUAAAACACGGAAAAUCAUUGAAUUUAGACGAACAUGAUGAACGGAAAUUGAAUCUGUUAAAUACUCUUCCUCUCGUUUCACCUUAUUCAGAUGGGGCGAGCUUGGAUCUUUGGACUUUGGAGGCUGAGAAGUAUCGGGUAGGUGUUCUUCAUGAGUUCUUGAGCUUGACAUUGGAGAAAAGAGCAUCAAUUCACCACAUUGUUGAGUUUAAAGAGGAAUUAAGUCUUACUAAGCAUACUUAUGCAAUGCUGUUGAAGCAGCCAAGGAGCUUUUAUUUGGCAGGAACUGAGAUGAAUUGGGUUGUGUUCUUGAAGGAUGCUUAUGGGGAAGAUGGGGUCCUAAUUCAUAAAGAUCCACAGGUUUUGUUUAAUGAGAAGUUCUGUGAGUUUGCAGACAAACAAGAACUGGAAAUUGAGUAGCUUGCGAAUGAGCCCUUGAAUACAACUUAACAUUGCUAUUAAAUUCAAAACAAUUAUGAUCCAUUUAUAUGGUUUAUGAACAGGCAAAAUAGAUUUGUGCAUUCACUAUAUUAUAGACUUAGCAACGUAACAUGUAACUAUUUACUGUAGUGAUUAAACUGUUAUAUUUUUUUGACUGUUGAAAAAAAAACACUUCUUUCUA